ACAAUGAGCAAUUUGAGCAAUUUGUCUCAAACGCAGGAAUACCUGAGUUUUCGGUCCAACGUGCCCUUGCGAAAAAUCACCGUCGACUCGGACGCGACGAAGUCAUGGCGAAUCUUCGAUUCCGGCCCGAAAACGAUCACGUCACCCCUAAUAUUGCUGCCGCCUGUGUUCGGAACGUCGGACGUCUACUACAAGCAGUUAUUAAGUCUGAGCGCUAAGGGCAUCAGGGUGAUCAGUUGCGAGAUGCCGGUGUACUUGAACGUCAAGGAUUUCUGCGAAGGCUUCAAGAAACUGAUCGACCACAUCAAAUUGGACAGGGUGCACAUUUUUGGUUCGUCUUUGGGUGGCUAUUAGGCACAGAAGUUUGCGGAGUACACGAUAAACAGCGAUCGCGUGGCCAGUUUGAUUUUGUGCAACACAUUCUCGGACACGGCGGUCUUUAACAAUCACGAUUCCGCUGCCCUGUUCUGGAUUUUGCCGGCUUUAGUUUUAAAGAAAAUGAUUAUGGGCAACUUCAACAGUGGGGAAGCAGACCAUCAAACGGUGGAUUCCCUUGAUUUUAUGCUUGAAAGUCUCCCACAGACAGAACUGGCAAGUCGUUUAACAUUGAACUGCUUAAAGGGUUAUGUAGAAGCUCAUAAACUGUCUCAAAUUCCCAUUACAAUAAUUGAAGUGUUUGAUGAAUAUGCAUUGUCAAAUGCAGUAAGGGAGGAAUUGUAUAAAUGUUAUCCACAUGCCAAACUAGCACAUUUGAAGACUGGAGGAAAUUUUCCUUUUCUAAACAGGAGUGCUGAAGUUAAUUUGCAUUUACAGUUGACUUCUUGAUUAAAAAUAUUUUUUUAUAUUUUGUGGUUCAAUGACACUUUUUCUAUCUUUAAAUUCUUUUAGUCAUAAUUCAUUGUAAACAACCAUUAAGUAUAUUUAAUCACUCCUUUGGAAUACUCAUUUAUUAAAUAUUUUGUUAUAUAAUUUAUUUAUUUAAACUAAUUGGAUUUUUAUUUAUAUCUUGCAAUUCAAGCAAACAUAUUUAAACUAUUUCCAUUCUCUGUAAAUAAAAUAUA